AUGCUAGUUUUAAUUUUUACUUUAACAAUAUUUGGAAUAUUUUUUAUUUACCAUAUUAUUCAAAAAAUUUUUGAAAGUUUUACUAUAGAUGAAUUUACUACUAAAUGUGUUUUAAUAACAGGUUGUGAUUCUGGCUUUGGAAAAAAAUUAGCUUUCAAAUGUAACGAUAAAGGUUUUAUUGUAUUUGCAUGUUGUUUAACAAAAGAGGGAUAUGAUGAAUUUUAUAAAAGUAACAAAAGAAUAAUACCUUAUCUUCUUGAUAUAACAAAUCCUUCAAAUAUUAAAGAAUUUACUGAUUAUGUAACAAAUACUAUUUCUAAGACAAAGUCAUGGAAGUUAUAUGCUUUAAUAAAUAAUGCUUCAAUUUUUGGAGCAUAUGGUCCAGAUGACUGGGGAAAUAUAAAAUUUUAUGAAAAUACAAUAAAUGUAAAUGUUCUUGGAACUAUUAGAAUGAUACAUGCUUUUAAGGAACAGUUAAAAAAAAAUAAUGGAAGAAUAAUAACAAUGUCUUCAUGUGUUGCUAAUACAAUACUCCCCUAUGCAGCUCCAUAUAAUAUUUCUAAAGCUGCCAUUGAAAAAUAUAUUGAUACGAUAAGAUUAGAAUUAAAAAAUUGGAAUGUUAAAUGUAUUCUAAUUCAACCAAGUUGUUACAAAACAGAAAUGCUUCAAAAAGAAUCUAGUGAUGUAAGACUUCAUGAAGCUUGGAGUGAUUUAUCAUUAGAAAUGAAAAAGUACUACAAUAAAAAUAUUUUUAAAAAAUUUAAAAAAGCUUAUUUUAAUUUUAUUGAUGAAAAUGCAUCUAUGAGAAUGGAUGAUGUCAUUAAUUGUUAUAUUAAAGCAUUAAUCUCGAAAUACCCUAAACCAAGAUAUCAAGUUGGUUUUAAAAGUAAAACGAUUUUGACAUGGUUAUCAUUUAUACCUACAAGAUGUUCAGAUUUUGCUGUUUAUCAAUUGGCAAUGAAAAAAUUAGAAAAAAUACUUCAUAGUCAAUGUGAGGAAGAAGUAGAAUCAUUUAUUGAAAUUUAA